CAGCGAUCCACCAAAAGGAAGGGAAAGAAAAAGUUGGUUAUUUCAUAAAAAAAGAUCGCUUAUUUAUAUUGAAGGAUCCAUUUCUUCAUUUAACGUAAUUGACAUAUUGAAGAGCGCUAUAUUUUCUUACCUUGUAUAGGCGUUCACAAGCAUUUGCAAAAUUACUAUUUCGUUCGUUUCUUAAAAGUAACUUUUUUGUUUGUACAGUUUUGCUAAGGAGAUUGGCAGUACAGUGUCCUUUUCCUUAAAGUCGAGAUAUUGCUCUUGUGCUUAAAUAUAAUUUGUUUAAUUCUCUUUGGGUUGAUUUUGGUUUGCUCCACUUUGGUUUUUAUUGCCAAAACAGAAAAAAGGUGGAUUUUUUGCGUCAAAUAGAUUUCAAUCAACAGGCUUUUGAAUUUCGUGAAUAUCAAGGUUUUGUUGACGAUUCUUGCCGGAUCCUUGGCACAGUACUUUUAUUUGUUCCUCUUUGCUAAUUUAUCAGGCUACAAUAGAAGUCAGUAAUACAUUCAGGAUGCCCAUGGAGGCCAAAAAAAUUGUCAUCAAAGGGUUUGACCCUCUGAAGUCUAAACAGCGCCAAGAAAAGUAUUAUAAUGUUAUGAUCCAACAACUCGAUAUUGCUCUGCAAGUCAUUAUGGCAGGAUUAGGUCUAAAGACAGGUUAUCAAGAGUUAUAUUCAGGUGUGGAAAAUCUAACCAAGGCCAGCCAGGCUUCUCGUUGCUUCACUUUAUUGCAAAAUCACUUUACAUCUGGUAUUCAGCUUCUAACAGAUGCUUGCUUGGCCUCCAUUUCCCACAAGACGGACGAUAUCAAUGCUUGCUCCAUCGUUGUCCGACAUUGGAAGCAAUGGAUGGAGCGUGUAGAAACUGUUCAGAACGUAUUCUAUUACAUGGAUAAAACGUUUCUAGCAAAAUCUUCAGACUUUCCUACGGUAGAAGAUUUCGCUCUUUCUUUGUUUCGUGAUAAACUCUUGGCUUCCAAGGCCAUUCAAGUUCCUUUUUUGAAUGACGUUCUGAAACUUUAUGAAGAUAUUCAUUGCGCAAAGCCUAUUGAUCGUAGUUGCCUACAAGAAGCAAUGUCAAUGCUUCAUCGUGUCAAAUCCUAUAGUCCCGUGUUUGUACCAAUGUACCUUGUUUUUUUGAACCAGUUCUAUGAAUCCCAAUCCGAGGAUCGGAUGAAAUCGUUACCAAUGAAUGAAUACUUGAUGUAUGUCCAACAAUGCCUAGAUUACGAAUCUGUGCUGAUUAACGAAUUUGAUUUGGUUCGCCAUCAAAAUGAUAUUCUACAAACAUUACAGAAGCGUUUGAUUCAAAGCCAUUUAUCUACCUUGGUUAAUGGCAUUCAAAAAUUUGUGCAAGAACGCGAUUUAAAUUCGUGCAAACUUUUAUAUUCUCUACUCCAAUUGACUUCAGAAACUUCUCAGUUAGUCCAACCGUGGUCUGAAUGCCUCACCGAAAUUGGGUUUCAGCUUGUAAAUGAUGAAAAAAACGAAGACCAUUUAGUUCCUAAUUUACUGUCUUUGCAUACUUUUUUGCAGUCCGUUGUAGAAAACGCUUUUUCGAACGAUGAAGCUUUAUCAUACGCCAUGCGUAAAUCAUUCGAAACUUUUAUAAACGGUGCAUCAGGAAAACGUAGAGAAGCUCCAGCUAAGUCAAUUGCAAAGUAUAUUGACUACUUACUGCGGUAUGGUGAGCAGGUAACCAAUGGCACUCCUCUACAGCAAAUUUUUGAAACUCUACUAGAUAUAUUUCGAUAUGUUUCAAGUAAAGACGUCUUUGAAGCGUUUUACAAGCGUGAUAUUGCAAAACGCCUUUUACUCAACAAAUCAGCAAGCUCACAAAACGAGCGUAUGCUAUUGGAAAUGCUAAAAAGGACGUGUGGAAGUCAGUUUACGCACGCUUUGGAAGGAAUGUUUAAGGAUAUCAACCUGUCGAAGGAGUUUUCAAGUUCGUUUAAACAGUCAAAAUUGUCCAAAAACCUUCAUCGAGACCUCUAUGUGAACGUUCUGUCCCAAGCCUAUUGGCCAUCGUACCCGGAAGGACAUGUACGUUUGCCGGGGGACAUGCAAGAAGAUUUACAGCAAUUUGAGAAAUUUUAUUUAACGAAGCAAACUAGCAAACAAAUUCGAUGGCUUCCUUCUCUAGGGCAUUGUCUCGUGAAAGCGCGAUUUCCUCUUGGCAAUAAAGAGCUUAGCAUUUCGUUAUUCCAAGCAUGUGUUUUGUUAGAAUUUAAUCGAUGCGCGUCUGGGGAGGGUAUUACGUAUCGGCAACUACAAAAAUCGACAGAACUGUCGGACGCGGAUUUGACGAGAACUUUGCAAUCCUUAAGCUGCACUCGUGUUCGACCGCUUUUGAUGGACCCAAAGGGAAAAGUUCCAAAGCCGGACACCACUUUCUAUGUGAAUGAGGAAUUUACAGAUAAGCUGUAUCGUAUUAAAAUCAAUCAAAUAUAUUUGAAAGACGAACGACAAGAAAGCGAAGAAGUUCAAGAACAAGUCGUUCAAGACAGGCAGUUUGAGCUGCAAGCCACGGUAGUGCGGAUCAUGAAACAGAAAGAAAGACUUCGUCAUGAUCAGCUCGUGCACAUGACUAUUGAGAGUUCAAAGGAUCGUGGUGUUCCACCCGUUUCUGAUGUGAAAUCGACUAUUGAAAAGCUCAUUAACAAAGAAUACCUGGAACGAGCAGAAAAUGACGAAUAUGUAUAUGUAUCUUGAGAGAGAAAGAGAGAAAGAUUAAGAAGGUGUUUUCUUUUUAUUAAUGAUGAAAAUGAGCAUGAAAGGAAACUAACAAUUUACCAAUGUUUAUUCUUUCCUUUCCUUUGCUUUGCUUUGUUUACCCUCCAAAGUCACAGGCUAUUUGACUGUAUGGAGAUUUCACAUCGUCCAUCCUUCAUAACUAUAACCGUGACCGUAACCGUAACCGUAACCUUUUGGCAAACUUCUCCUUGAGCAACCGGCCGAUAGGCAAUUUGGUAAGGUGGGUAGCAUCUAAUAAGGUUUCCCUCGUUCGGACGAAACAAAAGCUAAUCGAUAUGUAAAUAAUCUUCUGAUGAUAACAAAAUUAAUGAUCAUUAGUAUAAUAAUAACCAUUAUAAUUAUUAUUAUUAUUACUAUAAUAGUUAUAUAGUGAUUAAGAAUCCAGAGAACAGCAAAUCAUAAGGCUUCAGUUUCUGUAUCUCACUGCAUCCUUCCAAUACCAAUGCAAGGUACGCUGUAUAUUUUACCCUUGCGAACGCUUCGACCAUUCAAUUUCAUCUCGUCGGCCAGGCGAAUUUCG